GGCGGAUAAAGAACGCAAAAGCCCUUGCUGCGGAGUGACAGCGACAGCAGCAGUUGAUUGAAGCUUGAUGGAAUACCUAUGGCCAACUUUACUGACUGACUGAUUGACUGACUGAUUGACACCUUCGAUUACAACAAGCUAGCUAAAGCAAGAUUCAAAAUGCCGUUGACCUUCUGCCCCAAUUGCAGCAAUGCCCUCACGAUCUCGCGCGCAGAUCCGACAACGAGACAUCCCCUCGGCGUCAACCGGUUCGAGUGUCGCACCUGUCCCUACCAGUACAUCCUCGACCAGAGUUUCUUCGAGAAGACGCCCAUGAAGCAAAAGGAAGUGGAAGAUGUCUUUGGCGGCAAGGAGGAGUUUGCCAACGCCGACAGCGUGGCCACUCAAUGUCCGUCGGAAAACUGCAAUGGCGACCGUGCAUACUUCUUCCAGCUGCAGAUUCGAAGUGCGGACGAACCGAUGACUACAUUUUUGAAGUGUACCACGUGCGGUGCCAGAUGGAGAGAAAACUAGACCUUUCCUUUCUUUUCUUUUUCUUUUCUUUACUCUAUUGAUUUUUCUCAUAUAUUGUUUUGUUGCCUGGGUGCCUUCCGUUGAUGACUUUGUCAUCAGAUACCCAGUGAUCGGCAUGAUAUCCGAGUACUGUACAGGCGAACGGUGAAGGAUUAGGGAAGACGGAGUUAUCUAUAUUGAUAUGUGCUUUAGAUUUGUGCUUUGAGAUUUAUAUGUAGCUUGCUACCAAG